AUUUGGUACUGAAAACAAAUACAGCAAUGAAGACAUAGAAAAAUGUCCCGACGAAGAGUUGGCCGAAGUAUCUGACAAAAUACUAAAAAAAUGUGGUGGAGUACCCUUAGCAGUUAUUACUAUGUCUAGUCUGCUUGCAUGUGAAGCAAGAAAUAAAAUGGAUUGGUAUGAGGUGUAUAGUUGCAUUGGUACUGGUCUCGAUAACAAUCUAGAUGUGAAGAAUAUGAGAAAGAUUUUGUCAUUUAGCUAUUAUGAGCUGCCAUGCCAUCUGAGGACUUGCUUAUUAUAUUUAAGCAUGUUUCCAGAAGAUUUUGAAAUUGACAAGGAUCGUUUGAUAAGAAUGUGGAUAGCUGAAGGUUUUAUCCAAUGUGACAAACAUGGGAAGAGUCUAUUCGAACUCGGUGAAUGUUACUUCAACGAGCUCAUAAAUAGAAGUAUGAUCCUGAUCCAACCGAUACAUAACUCAUUAACUGGUAUGGUAAAUAAUUGUCACAUACAUGAUAUGGUGCUCGAUCUUAUCCGUUCCUUGUCCUGUGAAGAAAACUUUGUUACUGUAAUAAGUGAUAUGGAUAGCACAUCUCCAUCAAAUACGAUUAGGAGGUUGUCCCUUCAAAAUGGCAAGAAAAGUCAUGUAAUUGCUCAAGCUACUAGGAGUUUGUUGCAACAUGCAAGGUCAGUUGUUAUCUUCCCAUCUGCCAUUGCUCAAGUGCCGGCUGCUGGCAGCUGUCGAGUUUUACGGGUACUGGAUUUAGAGGAUUGCAAUCUUUCACAGACAAAAAGCCUUAAGUACCUUGAGAAUCUAUAUCACUUGAGGUACCUGGGACUAUGCGGGACAAGUAUUUCUCAGCUUCCAGAUGAAAUAGGGAACCUGCAAUUUCUACAAACAUUGGCCGUAAACUGCAAUAAUAUUUCCAGCAUGCCUUCAAGUGUUGUCCAGCUAAGAAAUUUGAUGUGCUUGGUCAUUGAUGAUUUUACAAGAGUGCCGAAUGGAAUUGGAAAUCUAACAUGCCUUGAACAGCUAUCACUUUUACACAUUGAUGGCUCCACCAUAAAUAUUAUAGAAGAGUUGGGCCAGCUAACUGAAUUGAGACGGCUGUGGAUUAAAUUGGACGAGUGGAACGACAAGCUGUUGGAGUGCCUACACACUCUACAAAAGAUCCAGGAACUAGAUAUCGUAGUCGAUCCUGGUCAACGCCGCAUCGGUGGAUUGGAUGCCUGGGUCGCUCCUCGACAUCUCCGUUUGUUGGGUACAAAACAUAGCUGUUGGUUUUCUACGCUACCGGCUUGGGUGAAUCCAUUGCUUGUUCCGGACCUCACCUGCCUAUACAUCGCCGUGAGGGAGCUACAUCAAGUCGAUCUCGAUAUCCUCGGGAGGUUGCCAGCUCUCCGCUCUCUAAGUCUGGUGGUGGACAAUAAGAACCUGGGAAUCCUUGAGGGAUUCGUUGUUGGUGCAGGUUCGUUCCCGUACCUUGUAUUCUGUUACUUCUGGCAAUUUGUAUGGCCAAUGGUAUUUCAACAAGGAGCCAUGCCAAGGCUUAGAAAGCUUCACAUCUGGCCAUUGUUUUAUGUGCGGGAGGCAAGAGGAACUGCCUGCAGCGAUGGUGGUCUCGACUUGGGCCUGGGGAACCUGCAAUCGCUGCAGGAGCUCAUCGUUGACCUCCAAUGUGAAGGCGCUACCAUGGAGGAGGCGGAACAAGCCAAGGCUGCGCUGACGCUUGCAGUUGAAAUGCAUCCCAAUCAUCCCCACCAUAAUAUACGUAUUCAAAUAUGAAGUUCAGUCUCAGGUUGGGAUGAUGAAUAACGAAACCGGAGCAAAGAUAAGUCCUUAGCCACGUUUGCAGAGAUUAAAUUGCUCGCCCAUGGAUCAACUCGAAACCUGUGAGUGAAUGAAUCCUUGAAAUUGCUCGCCAAAGCAGUGAUGUUAUCUGCUCAGCUUCCCAUGGAAGUGUCACGUGUGUGGGGUUCGAUUUGGAACCUGGAGGUUUGCCUUGUGCAUGCUUGGAUCCUUGAGGUCUUCCUCACCGGCUAAAUUUUACUCCAUUUUCUGCAGUACCAUAACGUCGCUCUCUGUCGCUGACAUCAAUAGUGCAGUGCCCGGGAAAGGCAGCACAAUUCGCCAUCCUCAUGCAGGAGCCUGCUAGGAGCGGCCUUGGACAGAAGAACAAAACGCAAGGGUAUUCCGGCGACAGAGUCGGACCUAGAUGACUGCAGUGUUGUACUUCCAUGAGGCUCUCGAAAGCGCAAUCAUAUGCAUAGCUUUUAUUAUAUUGUAUUUAGCCUGCCAUUUGUUUGUACUAAUCUAGGAGUCUGCUAUGUUUGACGAAGACGAACAAGAAGUAUUUUUUCGGUUAUUUGCCAGCUUGUGGCCUUGAUCGUCA